AUCGAUUCAGUUUACCAUUUGUGAUAAAAAUUUACGGUUAAUGUGUUGAGUACUUUACUCGUCUAGUAUUGAAUAUUGAAAAUCGUUGCUUUAUUAGGAAAAGGUCGUAACUACAUGAAAGUUGAUUUCUCAGAAAACGCAUUUUAAUUUUUAAAGAGCAUUCUAUCAAGUAUACUUGAUAGUUUUAGAUGAGAUAAGAGAACAUUUGGUUAUCGCAAUCAUUUUCCUGCUAAUUUUCAAAAUAAACAUCCUGGUAGCACUGAUUUUUCAUUUUUUUAUUUGAGGAACUCUGAACUGAAAAAAGUAAAAUUCAACAAAGAAACUUUCACCUUAAGUCAAGCUUUUUUCAUCAAAAGCCCAUAAGAAAUACACAGGAACGAUAUCCUUAAGGUGAUGAGGUUGAUUUUUUGCAAUUUAUCAGUGAAAUUACGUGAAAUUAUGUGUUUAUAAUGACUUUUCUUACCAAUAAAUUACAAAAAUCAAAAGAAAUAGGUUCAAUCUGAGAAACAAUAUCAUUUAGAACCUUUUCAUUGUAACGGUUUUGAAAACGUGUAUUUAAAUCCAUUUGUUUUCGGCUAUUGCGAGAACAAAAAACAUCGAAAUUCAAUUUCAAGUGUUGCAUCAUGUAGAGGACAAAAUUCUCUUUCCAAUGAUACCACUAUCUCAUUUUUUUAAAAAAUUGUAGUUACGACCUUUUCCUAAUAAAGCAACGAAAUAUUCUAUUAAAAUGUGUCAUGUGAGAAAUUUUUGUCACAUUUGGUCGUUAAAAACCGGAUGCAUGACAGUUUUAUCGUUUUGCUUGGCUUAUGAAAUUGCUUGCAUUCUUCUAGUUUUCAUUGGUAAAUGGUACGAUAUUCGGGUGCUGAUUUGGAUCGAGGUGGAAUUGACCGCUAUAUUACUCUGCUUUUUUGGAAUUUAUGAGAAAGAGAAGGCGUUCUUCAGACCAUAUUUAAUAAUACAAAUAUUCGACUUUAUCAUAAACCUCGCAGUCAUUGUUCAAGUUAUUUAUGCUGGAAAAAUCAGCCUGUAUUCCGUUAAACAUAUUUACCUACCUGCCACUUUUCAUUCAGUGGAUCAGUACGUUUAUUUGAGUUUAUUGACAUGUAAAGCUGGUCUUAUGUGGUAUGGUUUUUUAGUAGUUUAUAAUUAUUAUAAAGAAUUAGCGCCAGAUGUGAAUUCGAAUCAAUACAGGACAUUGCUGAACAUUUAAUUUUCGUAUUACCUAUGUUAUUUUAUGAGUAGGCUAUUAUUACUUAUUAGUAAUAAAACUAGUCAUUAUGAGACUGACUGUUUAGAUCUGUAUAUUCGAACGUGUCAUUCCAAUAUAUUAGAUAUCAAAUAAUAGAAAAUUUACUUAUUUUAUCGACCGAUUCAUUUAUCAUCAUGGGUAUUCAUCCAAUGAAAAUAAUUAGAUAAGUAGCAUAAAUAAAUACGAGCGAAGCAAAUCUACUUUAAUUUGCGUCCCUACUUACUGAUCAGGUAUUUAUUUUUGUUUAAAAAAUAUCGAAAUAAGUAUGUAUAUUAUAAAUGCAGAUGUCAUUAUUACAAAUUAUCAAACUUUUAUCACUCGAAUUAAUCCACAAUGACGAAAAAAUUCCUGAUAUGCGAAAAACCUGAAUCAUUUCCGGAAUCACAGCUUCCAACAUUUGCGAAAAUUAGUCAAUUUUACUGAGCUGCGCAAUACAUGAAAUAAAAUAAAAUAAAAUGAUACGUACUUAUAUAAUCAUAAAAAUAAAGCGAUUAGUUCUUUAUAUGUAUAGUGUUUUAGUCGCCACGUCGUAAUAAUUUGAUUGCUUUGGAUUAAAAAUUGUGGUGAAAAUGUUGGUGCCUAGACCACUACUGCUUAAAUCAUUUUGCGGUUACGAAUUGAAAUUCGGAAGUAUUGGUGUUUUGUGUUUUAUGUUGGUAUACCAAAUUAUUCGUCUUGUAAUCGUUUCUCAAAGAAAAGAUCAAUCAUCUGUGCACAUAUUUGAAAACAUAUGGAUCGCAAUCGAAAUGGCCUUCAUCGUUUUGGCAUUUCACGGUGUUAAAAAGGGGUCACAAUAUCAUCUGAUACCUUAUAUGGUUGUACAAACUCUGGAUUUGAUCAGUGUCUAUGGAUAUUAUGGAUAUUUGGUGAUCAUUAACACUCAUUUAAGCGAAUGGAGCUCUAUCAAUUUAGUGCUGUUUUAUAUUGCAUCCUGGGAAGUUGCUUUGUUUUGCCUUGCUACAAUUUAUAGCCAUUACGUGGAGUUAUCAGACGAUGAACUGGUUGCAUAUCAUUUCUCACGCGAACCUGUUGAAGCCUAAUUUUAAAUUUUUUUCAGUUCUUUUGCUAUGAAUAUUUUCAAUUAAAUGAACUAACAUUUUUUCUUAUACAUAAGUGUUUUCUAAUGUGUAACAGGUGAUCAAAAAUUAUACCUUUCUAUUCAAUUUUGAGUUUUAAUUACCUCAUAUUGGAGUUUUCUCAAGAUUUGGUUUUCUUUGUUUUUUGUUGUUGUUGUUUUUUUUAAAUAUAUUAUGUAGGUACUUGUCUAGUGUCUAUUUAAAGAAGGGUAGGAGACUGGACAAAAUUUUUCUGUGGGGUUAAAAAAUUUAUAAUAUAGUCCCACCCAUUUUUUGUGACUAAAUCAUCCUAAAAAUUUCCUUUUAUAGGAACUUGAAAUAUUUUCAGGAGUCUAAAUUUUGCAAUGGGUAGCGAUUCUUAAAAAUUUCUCAUUGUAUAUGAACGAGAAGACCUUCUUUUACUGCUCGAAGAGGUUGAAUUUUUAAUAAAACCUCCUACAGUUGAAAUUGGUAGGUACCUAAUAUCCAAUCGAGUCCAAAUACCACUGCUAGUGCAACCGAAAAAUGUCUUGUAGGUACCUACUGGAAGGAAGGGGUGAUUUAAAGUGUGAUCACUGAGACUAAAAGUUAUGUAGGUAGAUAAAAUCCUAAUUUAAAAAAAAAAAUAUCCUAUCUAUCUACUCCAAAUAUUUACAUCAAAGGUUCAUCGUCGUGUUACAUUUGUGUAUAUUGAAAACAAAAAAUUAACCAACAUCGUAAUUAAUAAUAUUUAUCUUAUCAGUUAUCAUUAUAUAUUCAAUCUAUGAAAUUUUGAUAUGUAUGUCGGUAGUGUAUGAUAUAAGCACGGUAUAGAGUCGUUUCUGAUUAUCUUUUCGGAAAUAAAAUAAUUGUGAUAUUUGUGAAUUUGAUGAUGUGAUUCAAUUUUAGUGGGAAAACGAGAGAGAGAAAAAAUAAUCGAUUGCUCUAUUUCGAUCACCAUGAAAAUCGUGGGUCUUUUCUAGUGAGUUUUUGUAGUCAUGAAUUCGUAAUAACUUUCGAAGUAGUGUUUGAACAAAUUCACUUGUAGGUAGAUACUAAUCCAUUUUUUAAAAAAAAUUUGAAAUGUUGAGAGCGUCAUUUUGUUGUUGUGCUUUUUCUUUGAGAUCAUCUAGUAUCGCAGUUUUGAUUUAUUUUGCGGUUUUCCAAUGCUGUAUUAUUGGCUGCGCCUUCGUAAUUCCAGGAAUUCCUUUUAUGGUACAAAUGAUUUCAUUAUCUUGGAAUGUAUUCGCCAUAUUUUGUAUACUACAUAGUAGCUCUGUACGGAAUUGAUCAGAGAAAACCGAAGUGUCUCAUACCUCAUAUUUCUAUACAAAUAGUUCAGCUUUUGUUGCUCGCUAUGUUCAUUGGAUAUGCGAUUGGAGUGUACAGAGACCUAUUUUCAAUUUAUGUGGAUAUCGCAGUCUUAUCAAUGCUCUUACUAGGUUUGAUUCUGAAUGGAUACCUCAUCACGGUGCUCUGUAGUUAUUAUAAGAAAAUUAUGGUUGAACAAUAAUACCUGGAUGGCCUUAUGACCAAGAUGAAGAUACGAUCGAAACUAUAAAUCUUUGCAGCUCAUGACUGAGACUAUAAAUGGAUCCAUUAGCAUGCUGAAAAGGCAACAACUUCAACCUUCCACCUCGAAUUUGAAAAAUUCUCAAAGAUUCAGAAAGAGUUCGUUAAAAACCCCAAACCCAGUAUUUUAGUUACCCAAGUUUAUACUUAUCUUGCUGCUCUGGAAAUAUUUUGAAAAUCCUAGACGAAAGUGAUUUUGCACUGAGAAGACUCCAGAACAUUUGAAAAAUGUUUGAAAUGGGUUCGACUUAAUUAUAUGUAUAGUGAAUGAAGUUUCAUUGAUUUUUUGUUUUUUUUUUUAAAAAGAAUUUCAUACCUUAAUGUCUUUUUUUUUCAGAAAGUUUUGAAAUACUCGUACCAAUUGAUAAAACGUUUUGCUAAAUAUUUUAAAUUUUCACCUCAUAAAAAUGAAUGCCAAAUUUUAAUGCUGAAUUUCCAGUACAUUUUCAUUUCCAUUGUAGAAGCUUUAUUAAUUAAUUAGCGUACAAUCGCCCGGUGUCAUGGUGUCGUUUAAUUUAUAUGAUUGACGAUAAGAUGUACCAAGUACUUAGUAGAUAGGUACUUAUUCGAUGGGCGACGAAACGUAUACAAACGUCGAUCUAUUCGCGAAUUCUUAAUCGCAUAGUUAAUUAGUAAUUAGCUUUAAUUAAAGAGAUGUUGUUUAAUAGAAAUCAAUGUUUUUUUUCACGAUUAUUGGAUAUUUUGUUUCGUGUGCCUGUGUUGUUAACACCUAAUACCUACACUAGGUACCUAAAUGUGCAACGUGAAGUGGAUUCUGUUCAACUGACAUAGGCUGGAGUAAUGAGAGAGGUACCUCUACCUACCUUUCUCAUUAUCAGUGAAAAUUAAAUACGAGUUACAGGCCGAGAAAACUUUCAGAAAUAAAAAAAUCAUCCCAUCAAUGGACAUCAAGCUGAAUAUUUUUAUAACCAUUAUCAGCAUCACAUCUUCCUAUGGCCUAAAUCAUGACACGAAACCUGCACCAGAAUGUAAAUUAGUGCAUUCGAAAAACUGCAUCGACUUCGAUAAAUGCACCGUUGGAAUUUCUGUGAUAAAUAAAUGCCCUACGAAUCAUCCCGAUCAAAGGACGAAAAACAGAUGUGAAAAUUUCGUCGACUCGAAUUUACUAGAGAACACUUUUUUAUUCAGACCAGUUACCAAUAAGUUGGAAAAUAUCACCUAUUGGAAUAUCUAUUGCGCCUGGUGCAAUCAUCAGAACAUAAUAUUGGAGAAUUUCGCAUUUUGGAGCUUGAAAGCUUAUCAUGUACUGAAGAUUGAAGAUAAAUUUGACAAUCAAUCCAAACCUGUACCAAUUCUUGAGUCGAAUUCAUUUAUAUCUGAUGUAGAUUUAGCAGUACUAGAAAAGAUGGUGGUUCAAAACGAUUCUAAAUUGAUUUCACAAUUCCAUGGCAGAGUUCGAAGAGUCGUUCCCUUGAGAUAUUUACCACCUGACUUGAGAAAUUCAUCGUUCGAGUUCUGCUCAUUGAAAAAAAAUAAUGAAAGUGAUCAGUUCCAAGUUGAAGCUCCUGCUCUUGUCCCUAAAGACUUCAGUUGCGCCGAGAAAAAAUUCUGUUCUGGUAAAAAAAUCCCUCAACCAGAAUCGUGUAAAUAUUUUGAUCGAGACGAUCAACCAUGCUCUAUAAAUCAAUUCCUCUUAAAAAACAUAGAUUUUGUGCAAUCUAAGAGUAAAAUAAUUCGCCAAGAUGGUAAAAUAUUCGAUCGAGAUGCUUACGACUCGUUGAACGAAGAUUUAAUAUUUUUAUGCGGAACGAAAACCACCAAUAAACCAAUUCAGAACCUUAUCCACAAAUUAACCAAGUACAUGAAGUUCACCUCGACCCUUCUCCUCUUCAUGUUUUUAAUGAUGAAAACGAACAAGAAAACUUUCAAGAGUUUGCCUAACUUGGUUCUAUAUUCGUAUUGCGUAGCUUUGCUGGAUGUGUACUUGUAUCAGAUUUUUAGUCACUUUUUAUCGCUGGAAAGAUACGGAGUGGUUUUGAAAACGUAUGUGUUGAUUUAUACCUUCUUAUGCCAUGCUUUUUGGGCAUGUAUAAUUUCCUACGAAUAUUGGUACGUUAUCUCUACAGCCCUGAAAGUUCGAAGAUCGAGUAUUGAAAUGAAAAGGUAUUGGAUUUAUGGAUUUGUUGGUUGGGUACUGCCUGCUCUUCUUCUAUGUGCUGCCUACACUUCGUUGACUGAGGAAGAUAAGAAGUAUAAUUGUUUCAGUAUUGAUGAUCACAAAAAUAUAAACAUAGCUGAAUCGUUUUCCGGUCUAGCCUAUCCGUUGCACGUUUGUUUGGUUUUACUCUCGGUUAUUAUUUUCUUUGUACUGAUACCUGUUUUGGCAGUGCAAGGAUGGUUUUUUAUUCGUUUGGUUAAUGAAAAACGCGAAACGACUCGACGACAAUCUGAAGGAAACAGUAAUGCAACGCGUCAGAUAUCUGAGCUGGAUUAUUUGUUUAUUUUUUCAAAAAUAGCCUACUUGAUGGGCAUUCAUUGGAUGAUGAUUUGUAUCAAUUUGCUUCUAUCGUUUUUAGAUAUAAGUGCUCUCAACCAGUUAGGAUCUGUUUUGUUCUCUUGUCACGGUACGUUUAUAUUUUUCGCUUUUGGGUAUAAAAACGUGCGUAAGGUUUAUGAAAGUACGUAUAAGUCACGUGGUACUCAGUCUACUGAAGUUUAAAGUUACCUGCUGUAGAAUUUGAGUUGAGGAAAUUUCGUUUUUUGAAUGUGAGUUUGGUUGUUUUGAUUUGAAAGUAGGGUCAUUCGACGUCAAUUCGACCAAGAAGUGGUGAAAGAGGUCGGCGAUUUUAUUGAAAUUUUUCCUGUGAAAAGACCUUUUGAAGGAACGACCAAUGGCGGAAAUCGCAGCCCUCUAGCCCUUUUCUAAAUGCUGCUAGGGGGUGUCAAAGUUUUCAGUGAACUUGAAAUAUCAUCCAUUUCAGCAGUGGAUUACUCGAUAACCGCGGUACCUACCAAAAUCGAACUUUUUCCAAUAGUUAGGGGCUUUGAAAGGCUUUUCGGUGAUAUCAUAAAAAUCAGUGUUGCCACUUUUUUCGUACAAUAAAUUAGCUCGAAAAGUUUCAAAACGUAGUUUUCAUAUUGUUCCGACUCUCAAAAAUUCUGAAAAAAAUAUAUUAUGGACAACUUUUCAUACUGAACAACAUAUUAAAAAAUUGGGAUGGCAUUAUUUCGUAAAGUCGAUUUAAAAAAAUUGAAAGUUUGCGGAAAAAAUACGAUUUUUUGAUUUGAAACACGAAAAAAAGUUUUGAUAGGUGAAGUUGACCCAUUUGACCCAUAUUUUUACGUAUCCGUUGAAUUAGUUGAAAAAAUUCUUUCACUCGAUGAAAUGAACUCAUCACAAAAAAUCAAAAUUCGAAAACUUCAAUUUUCAAUUUCAAACAUUAAAAAAAGUUUAAAUUUAUUCAGUUGUCUGAUUUUGAACUCUUUUUGACGUAUUCCAUGAAAAAGUUGAUAAAAAUUACACUCGUAGCAAGAAAAUUGAAAUUCGUUCAUUUCUAGCCAAAUUUUUGUAUAAAAUGGGGCUAUUAUUUUGACCUGGAACUUGUUCUAAUUGGUCAAAUAAAGUCAGACUUGGGAAAUGGGGUUCUCUUGGAAGCUGGAGUUGACCUCUGCAGUUGGGAGAGUCAAAGUUGAAAAUUACAGAAAAGUCAUUUUUUUGGAGAAGCAUAACUUGGUUUCAAAUUGAUGAAAAUGGUCCAAAUUUAUACCAUUGAUGAGGAAUGGCAUUGUGAACAACAUAUCCAAAUUUUAGCUUCCUAGGUCAUCUCCACCUCAUUUAAGGUGAAAAACCCUUGAUUUUGAUCCUAUUUUUGACCCCCACCCCACUCUUAAAAUUGACCUACAGAGCCCUAAUGGCCAGCGUACAAUAAGACGGUGCCAUUUGAGUGCUUUUUGCAGGUUUCAACCUUCUAACUCUAUUUGAUCCCUUUCCAGGGUAAGAAAAGUGGAUUUUUUUUUGGCUAUUUUACGUGUUUUUCGACGUUUAGGAAAGCCCACAGCCAUCCCAAAUUGACCUAGAGGGUCCAAAUUUUCAUAAUACAUUAGGAGGACGUACCCAAAGAGUCGAUCUUUUCAAUUCACUCAAAAUUUUGAUUUUUUUGUGAUGAGUUCAUUUCAUCGAGUGAAAGAAUUUUUUCAACUUUUUCAACGAGUACGUGAAAAUAGGGGUCAAGUGGGCCAACUUCACCAAUCAAAACUUUUUUUCACGUUUUAAAUCAAAAAAUCACAUUUUUUUCGCAAACUUUUAAUUUUUUAAAAUCGACUUUACGAAAUAAUGCCAUCCCAAUUUUUUAAUAUGUUGUUCAGCAUGAAAAGUUGUCCAUAAUGUAUUUUUUCGAAAUUUUUGAGAAUCGGAAUGAUAUGAAAACUACAUUUUGAAAUUUUUCGAGCUAAUUUUUCGUACGAAAAAAAUUGGCAACACUGAUUUUUAUGAUAUCACCAAAAAGCCUUUCAAAACCCCUAACUAUUGAGAAAAGUUCUAUUUUGGUAAGUAUCGCGGUUAUCGAGUAAUCCACUGCUGAAAUGGAUGAUAUUUGAAGUUCACUGAAAACUUUGACACCCCCUAGCUGCCUUUAAAAAAGAGCUACAGAGCUGUGAUUCGCGCCAUGGUGAGCUUUGUUUCAAAAAUGUUGAAAAAAAAUGAAUCAAUUGAUUGGAAAUCCGAAAUUUUAUAACACAGCAAGUCUAGUGAAUGGUCAGCCAAACUUCUCAGGUUGGAUAUACGAGUAUACCAUUAAAAAAAUGUUUGGUGAAAGUGUUGCCUAUUUUCAGUUUAAAGUGGCCAAUUGUGUUCAUUAAAACUAACGGUCAAAAGUUCAUUUUUGACCUUAGGAGUGGGUAGAACAUAGGAAAAUAAACAAAAUAACAUAUUAUGACUUUUUGCCUAACUUCUAACUUGAAGGGACUACGAAUAAAUUUGAGGAGUCGGCCUGCAAAGUGACCUAACUGCAAAAAAAUGAUUUUUGAGAUAGCAACGCUAUCUGAUAGUUUAGGACAUGCCCUACAAAAGGAAUAUAUCCCCUACAUCCAGUUUCACUUGUAACACCCCUUUUCCCCCCAUUGAAAAUGAUAAAAUUAAAAGCAUGGCCUGCAAAGUGACCUUAUUUUUACAAUUUUCCGAAAAUGUGUUUCAUAUGGUACUGUUUGUUGAAAUCAAAAUUAAUUUUAACCCCUUCUGAAGAAAUUCAAAAAUUUUGGAGACAUCGAAAAUCGCACUGGAGGCUCCAGAGUGAUUCGAAAUGGUAAAAUCGUAAGUUGAGAAUAAGCCACAACUCCAGUUUUAGUUACCCAGCUUCCUGUACAUAGAAAAAUCUUGAAUGAAUGAAUAAAUCUUUGCUUUCAUAAAAAAUAACAUACACAAUGAAAAACCGGAGAAAAUUGCGUACAUAUCACUAAAAAACCAAAAAAAAAACGUAUGUGCGGCCUGCAAAGUGACCUAACUGCAGCAUUUUUCAUUUUUGUUGCACCCUGUAGCGAACCCGUGUUCAUAUUUUUCAGAAACGAAAAGGUGAUUAAGUGAGUGAGGGUUGACCCUUUCGAUUCCCGAAAACAGAUUUCGAAAAUGUGACUUCAUUUUCCUAGGACACGUUUUUCUCAUUUAUCUCGAAAUCAAUUUUUUGCAGUUAGGUCACUUUGCAGGCCGACUCCUCAUUUUAUUUUCAAAAAAUUAGCAAAUUAUUGUUGCGAUCAAUUUUUUUCUAUCACUGAAAUUUAAAAAAAAUUGAGAGCUUGAAAGAUGGUAAAAUUUUAAAAAAUUUUAAGAAAUUUUAUAGUUGGAAAAAAAUUUGUAAUACCUAACGAAAUUUGUUCAGUUUUAGACGUACUGUGCAGUGUGCAUUUCCACAAUUAUUUUUUUCGUUGCUAUUUUUUGAAAUUAAAAUUCAUUCAUAGCCCCUUCAUCAAUUUGCAAGUUGGGCAAAACGUCAUAAUUUAUGUACAAAAUAUGUAACUAAAAUUCUGUUAAUUUGUUCCUCUAAUAGGUAGUCUACCUAUAUUUUAGUCAUUCUACUAAUUCGACGAAAGGUACGAGUAUUUUCAAACGUAAAAGGCACAUUUCUGAUUAGGAUUCAAUCAAUUAAGCUCACGUGUCGUGUUAUCUCGUAGUCAUUCUCAUUGAACACAAUUAAUUAACGUCGUUGUGUAAACCCAUUCCCAACGUUCUAGCUAUUCUGCUGUUUGUUGAUCAAAUGUUUAUUUUUCCACCCUUGUUUUUGUUACCUAAUUAUUUAAGCCUGUAAUAACUUGUUGUUCGUGUUUAGUCUAAUUUAGUUCGUGUAAGUAUCUACUUAAGUUUGUAAAGUGUAACUCACGGUGACUGUAUGUUCUAUGCAUUAAAGCCAUGUCAUAUUAA